AACUUAGAAAAAUAUUUGAUAUAGAUAUUUCAACCGAGUUUAUCUUCCAGUAAAAAGAAACCAAAUUUAUUGUUAAAUCAAACCAAAUCAUUAUUCGAAAUUACAAGAGUAUCUGUUAAAGGAAUUGCCUGGAUACAUUUAAAAUAGGCAAUUUUUACCGCCAUAAUUAGAUGUUUAGUAAAGUAUAUUUUCGUAACUGGCAGUGUGCAAAACCCCCGAGAGUUUUUAUACAGUAGUUCACUAAUAAAAAUCAAAGAAUAUUUAAACAAUAGUGAAAAACUUUAGUGUAACCCAUACGGAAAAAGGUGUCUAAUUGUUAAUCAAGUAUUCUGAUGUCCAACCUUCCUGUCAACGUUAUUUAGUAUUACAAAUUUAAUAUUUUUAUAGUUAAGUAGUAAUAUUAGUAUAUAAAAAAUAAUGUUUCCUCGUACCAGAAUGAUGACUUAUUGAAAUUGGAAUCCAUCUAUUUGUAAUGAAUUUGAAUGCAUUUAAUAAAUCCGAACGGUAAUAUCGAUGUAGUCUGGAAAUGGUGUGUAAAGAGGAGGUACUACUAUGGUUUAAGGACUUGGAUAGUCAUAACAGGAUAGAUUUGGUGUAUGAGUUAUUAAAUAUGUGUUUGCCGUUCGAGUUGCGUUUUUUCGGUUCUUGCAUAGAGGAAUUGGGUAGACAUACUUACCUGGAACUACGCGGACCCAGCAUCACAGCCAACGAUUUGGAAAAAUUAUCAAAAGAUACUUCGUUCAAUCAUGGUAUAUUGGAUGAAAGUGUUCGGCACAGGCUUAUAAUUUAUCUCUCGUUACUAUCAUCUAGGAACUACAGUGUUGCCAAUUGGUUAUAUCGGAAAUUGUUAAGGACAGACUCGAUUGAAGAGUUUUUAAAAGAAAAAUGGAAAGAUGAAAUGUUACAUAGUGAAUUUUUAUUAUUAUAUACGAUGGCGUUACACCAUCCAGCAUUUAUUUUUGAACAAAAACAAUUUUUCAGUAGGGUGCUAAUGAACUUGAUCGAUAUUAGGGAAAAUAGGGUUUCGGCUAAACAUAGUGAAUUAGGAUAUCCGCCCGGGUUCGGGUAUCCAACCCAAAAGUCACUAAUGGAAACUCCGAUGGUACCAGUAAAAACCGCCCAACCUACCUGCGGCGAUUCACCUUCGAUAUUCCAUCAACCCCCAGGUUUACCACAUUUACCACCACCGCCACCUACUCACCUAGAUUUUAAUGGAAUACCCAUGUGGAAUAGACCAGGAUUUCCGUAUGGUGCUCCUGAGGUGGUACCACCUUUCCCAACGCCGACCAUUUCACCACUAGUCAGUCAAGCAGCUUCGCCUAGUCAAAGUAGAAGCUCGUCUCCACAUCGGACGCAAUUAGUGAGGCCUCCACCACCACCACCACCUAGUGGGAUUCAGCUUCCUCCUAUACAACCGCCUGGUUUAUCGGUACCAGUUACGAUCAACUUGGAAGUAUUAAGUGCACCAAUAGUCAGUACCCAAAUAGCAGCGGAAUUGGUACCGCCUCCUAAUAUACCAGUGUUUCCACCACAUCCUGAUUUAAAAGCAAUUGAGGAUGAUCCAUUGAAGUUAAAUUCGAUAGAAGAAAAGCGUGAUAUUCUGUGGCCUCCGGAAGUGAAACCGAACGGUAUACGAUUUCCUUUAAUGGGAAAAUUGUCGCCGUGUUUAGUAGAACAAAUGCAGGCGAUAAAUUUAGAAGGUGAAAACGCUCUGCAUCAAUCGAAUUCGUCUAGUAAUAGCAGUCCGAACGAUACGCCGCCCGGUACACCGUCGACAACGCCCCACGGCCCCGGUAGGGGAGGAGGUGAAACGAUAACGAAACCAAGAUCUAACGGUAUACCUCCUUUCGGUGUUAACACUUGCCCAGACGCCCAAUCCCCGCCGCCGUUUAGCAACAGUACCGUGCCUUACAGUUUUCAACAGCCCUUUACGACUCUACCGCAUAACAGGUCAAUGUUUCACUAUAAUCCCGCGUUUAGGGCCACAUUUACCGCUCAAUUUCCAACACCGAAUUUUCCGACUGAUACCAAUUAUCCCCCAUACACUACCGUUCCUUAUAUCCCUAUUAUGUAUUCCAGCCCUUACCCUCCGAGGACUCAACCGGGAUGUUAUAAUUGUGGCGCGCCUAAUCACGUCGGCAGUGAGUGUACUAGCCAGAACAUAGAAGAGAUUACCCAGAAGAAAACUUACGUUUUGGAUUAUAAUUCGCCUUCAACCGAUCCGGAGAAAUGAUAGUGUGCAUUAUGUUUGUGCGGUCACCAAUACCAUUAGAUAUGGCGGUGGGAUGGAUUCGGGUCGAAGAGUCGAUUAGAAAAUUCAUUUCCGAUUUGGUAUUCGUUUAACUACCGACUCGAAUCGAAAACUAAGAGUGAGGUUAGCUUUACCUCGAUCGUCGUUUGUCCUAUAAAAAGAAGAAUGAGACGUGAAUUGGACGUUGCCAAACUUUUGCUGUGUAUCUUUUAAAAAAUGUAGGUAUCUAUCUAUCUAUAGCUAUACUUUUUUUUUUUAUAAGACAAAUAACGAUUGCUCGGAUUCAGAUAUUGUGUGAAAUGAUGCUGCUUUUACCGAAAAUUCUAAAAUCCUCAAUUUUUGAAAUGUACAUUUUGAAAUUAGCUCCUAUUUUUCUUCAUUCUAUCAUGUUUUCCUACUUUUUAUUAGUGUAACUUAUAAAAUUUGAACUACAUUUGGUUUUUUGCCCAUUUCUAAAUAGGUCUAGAACCAUAAUUUUUACUCUAGUUUCAAAUUUUCCUCUUAAUUCCGUUUGAAUUUCAUUUUUUAUAAAAUAUUUUAUCUGUUACACAUCAUUCUCAACAAUUUAUUAAUAAUCUUAUUUGUUGUCUUUAUUUCCUAUUUUUUUAUCACUGGAAAUUAAUAUAAAACUGGUUUUUUUGUUUGGUUGCUCUAAACGAAAUUCAAAAACUCCUCCUAAUUGAGAUAUGUACCUCUCAGUGGUAAAAAACUGUUUUUUUUAUUACCAUUACACGACACACAAUUAUUUCAAAACUUUUUCUCAUUUUCGCUUUUUUUCAUGAAGUCCACGUUUCACAAUAAAAAAAUUUCACAAUUAUACAGCUUUUCAUAGUUUGCUUGUUUAUUUCCGGCUCGAAGGACCAACAAGUGUCAACACUUUCUCUCAUUUUCAUUUCUUUUUGUGAAAUCCACGUUCCACAAUAAAAAAUGUCACAUUUACACCGCUUUCCAUAGUUUGCUUGUUCAUUUCCGGCUCGAAGGACCAGCGAGUGUAAUUGUGUGAGUGUUGGAAGAUCAGCAAGUGUCAAAACUUUCUCUCAUUUUUGUGAAGUCCCUCGUUUGACAAAAAGUAAUCUCACAAAUACACUGCUUUCCAUAUGUUGUUGCUACAUAUCCGGCUCGAAGGACCAGGCAGUAUCAAAGUGUACAUGUCAUCAAUCAGUUGUAGUCAUUCCAAUUUCGGUUUUUCACAAUUGUUGGAAAAAAUUGUGAUCACAAAAUUAGUAGUUUGGAAAAUUUUUUCCAUAUGUUGCUGGUUUGUAUACGGCUCGAAGGACCAGACAGUGUAUUUAUGUUUGUUGAUGUAGGGUAGUAUAAACAUUGUAAUAAUCAUGUAACGUUUUUUUUUUGGUCACUUUGUUUAGUAUAAAUGUACGAAUGGGAGAUUUACGAUGUUUGGUCACUUUUUUUAUGGUAGUUUUUCUUUUCUUUCACUUUCUAAUUUUCCUUUUUGGAGAAUAGUACUACCAGAUUAUUUGUUUUUUUUUCUGUUAUAAUUUCAUGAGUCUUCUCUUUUUCUUCUUAGUACACCAACACUAAAUAAUUAUACCUUCUGGUCCUUCUAGCCGGAAAUAAAAUUCAAAUACUGUGAUUGACGAUGAUGGUGUAGUCGUAGUGUAAUUAGUAUGUUCAGUACUUAGUCCCCAAACCUGUUUUGUCACUUUUUAUAUUAUAAUUAUAACAAAAAGGAGAUUUAUGAUGUUUUUAUCCAUUAUUCUAAUUAUUUGAACUUGUAGUUUUGGAUUUCGAUUCAAAAUUUUCUUUUUAUUGUUGAACACUGUAGCAAACGUCGAAAUUCGUUGACAAACGACAGUUAUUAGAGAUAAUGACUUAUUAUCAAUUGGAUAUUGACUAAAUUUUUUUAGAAUUUUCGGGAAUAUGGCACAAACGAAGCCGCAACCGUUUUUUUUUUAAAUUGUAAUCCCAUGGUGAAAAUGUUCCAUCUAGACCUUUUUUUUUUAAAGGAAAACAAAGCAAUAGUUACAAAUUGGAUAUCGAAUUUGGUAAUCGAACGUUUUUCAUUGCGAAAUAGAUAUUUUCCUACCAGCUUUAAAUAAUUAGUGAUUUAUACUGAAAUUGGUCUGAAAUUGAAUCUGCAUGUAGUCAGAAAAAUUUUUCUGAGAUUUAUACAACGGAUGAUAAUUUUUUUGAUGAUGAUCGUUUUAACUUGAUUAAAAUCGUCUUUUAGUUUGUCUUAUAUGAUCAAUACUUUUUUUUUAAUAUGCAUGCGAUGACUUUUACAUAUUGAUUGUGGGAUCAAAUUUAUACGGAAUUAAUUCCAAAAAUAAUUGAAAUAAUUAUAAUAAAAAAAUUGAAUUGCUCUGUUCUCUAUUGAAAAAUAACCUGUUUUCAUUCAGAUGGAACAAGUGUAUAGAGACCGUAAUAAAUAUUUUAGUGAUUUAUUGAACAGUUACCAUGGUGGGUUUUUUUAAAAUGUAAUUUAGAAAACGUGUAAUUACUUGUAAAAAGUCUUAACGAUUUUUUUAUUUAUUUUUUUUUGUAAUUACCUUCUCAGACUAGGUCAAAAAAAUUGGUCGUUAGUUUUUUUUGCUAUAAGUUAUAGUGAAAUCCUAGUCAAUAUCUUUGUGAUUAAUGGUUUUAAAUUAUUUUUGCAAACUAUUAACUCCCUUAAUUUUUUUCUUUUUUGAAACAUUAAUGUUAAAUAACAAAAUAUACACAAUGUUAUUUGUAAACAGUGACAUGGUGAAAAGUGUAUGGAAUUUAAAUGAUGUGAUAUAUAUCUAAUAACAUAAAAAGAAAAAUUCUGGAAAAUUGAUUAUUUUGAUUGUUUUGUGCAAAUAGUUUUUGUUAAAAUUAUUUCAAGUUUUUUUUUAUUUAUUUUAAUAAGGUUGCUUUUAGGGAUCUUUUAAUAAAUAAUUUAUUUUUAUAUAGAAAACAUUCGUCCACGGAAAAUCUAUUUAUAAAUUUAUACAUUUUUUGUCCUAAACGAAAUUGAAUUUUGAAUAAAAAAAAGUUAUCAAUAAUUUGAUUUUAGAUAAUUGUUAAAUUAUUUCAAAAUUGGAGUUUUUUCUAAUAAAUAACUUCAUAAAAUCCCCAAAGUUUUUAUUCUAAUUGAAAAUUUGUUUUAAAGUUUAGUUGAAAGUACAUACCCUGUAUAUUUUAUGUUAAAUUAAUUUAGUACUUGUCGAUAGAUGAAUAAAUUAUAUAUAAUGAUAAUUUUUAUAUAAAAAUUUCAUUUUAGAAAGAAAUUUUAUUAUUUGGGUUACUUUCAAACUCUAAUGUAAUUUUUUUUAAAUUUAUGAAUUCGCAAAAUUAUGAAAAAAUUGAUUGAAAAGCAUUCAACUCAAUCUUUUUAACAAGUAAAAGUUAUUUUAUCAUUUUUGUACCUUUCAUUUAAUUUCUUUUUUUUUAAACUAUACUUUUAGGAAAUUUUGAAAAAAUUAAAUAAAAAAAUGGAUUAUAAUGCAUUUAUCAAAUAAAAUUUAUAAUUUCAUCAUUUAUAUGUAUUUACAUUUUAUAUUUAUUUCUUUUUUAACAAAAAUUUCAUAAAUACAAAAAAUUCUGAAAAAAAAAUAAAAUGAAAAUAAUGAAAUUAAUUGGGGGUGCCCACUCGAUUUUAUUCUUAUUUAAAUUGACGCAUGUAUAAAAUCAUUAAAUCGAUACUUUUCUCUUAUAUUAAAUAUAUUUUUUCUAAAUCAAAUUUGUAGAAAAAAAGAAUUAACAUAGAAAUUAACUGAGCGGUUACCCACUAGGAUCUUACUCUAUUUUCCUUUAACAUAAAUAAAUUCGUGAAAUUGAUAUUUUUCUUGUGUUUUAAAUAUUUUUUUCUCAUAUUAAAUUUGUACAGAAAAAAAAAUAAAAAUCGGAAUUAAUUGGGGGGUACUUGCUUUUAAUCUAAUAUAACACAAUAUUUAAAUGAAUAAGUUCAAUAAAAUUAUUAACCAAAAAAUUUUGAAAAUUCGAAAUAAAUAACAUGAGGCGUUAGCACAAAAUUUCAAAUUCAGUUUGAUAAAAAAAUAUAAUAAAUAUUUGCCUCUGUCACAUUUAAAAAAUAACACCGUGUAUAUAUCUAGUCCAAAAAGCAACCGAGUGUCAUUUUAUUAAUUUUAUUUAUUUUUCAAUAAAAUCAUGAUGAAUAGAAAAAGAAAUUUCAAAAUAUUGAUAAAUUUUAUUUGAAUUAAAUACUUUCUUUUAAUUAUUUUUAAUUAAAUAAUGGCUACUGAUCCGUUAUUUAGUAGAUCUCUUAUAUAUUAACUUUAUUUGAAUCAAAAUGAAUUUUUUUUGGCCUAGUAUUUUCUACUGCAAAUGUUAUAUACCAUGUAUCCACUUAAAUUCAUACCAUAUGGGAAAACUUUCUUAUUGUUAAUAUCACAAAAAAAAGUUGUUCUUCAUAAAAAGUUCUGCAUUGUUUAAAAACUAAAAUACAACCAACAGAUUUUAAAAUUUUUCAAUCGUAUACGAGGUAUACAAAAAGAUAUAAUUGGAUAAUUAUAAUUCAGCAUUUUAUUCAUGUUAAACUAUGGAAUAAUGAAUUUUGUUAUUUGUACCAAUGCUGCAACAAUUUUUUUUAUAAUAAAUCAGUUGAUUUUCGUUAUUAUAAAAAAUUAAAGUACUUUGCUCUUGAAUGGUAUUCAUAUUUUUUAUCAUACCUCGUAUAAGAUCGAAAAAUUUUAAAAUCUGUUGGUUGUAUUUUUAUUUUUAAAGUAAGCAGAACUUUUUUAUAAAAAAAAAUUCAUAAUGUUAACAAUAAGAAAGUUGCGAACUUGAGUGGUCCACAGUGUAUAUAGAAUUUCAUUUUCAGCCGUUUAAUAAUUGUUCAGAAUCUCCCGAGAUUUAAUUUUACCCUUUCUAUUAAUUUUAAAUCCAAACAUCCGUACUUAUAAUUUAUAAAAUUGUUACCGAAUUAAAACAAAAACACCCUGUAGCUAAUCAAACUUUUUUUUAUCUGUGAAAUAAAUUAUAUUUGACCGAAAGGAAUAAAAAAUAUGUUUUGUUUGAAAUGGUGAUUUAGUUUGUAUACCAAAAGAUUCUUUUCAAAUAUUAAAUCAAUUCUUAUACGGUAUGUCCCAUUAAUUUGGAACCUUAUGGGAAACUUUUAUAAUUUUCAAUUUUAGGAAAAAAAUUGAACCUUACGGAAAACUUUUUUAUUAUUAGUUUUUCGAAAAAAAUGUUCUAAACGUUCUAAAAUCUAAAAUAAAUUUAUAUGGUAUUAAAUUUUUAAAGUCGUAUACGAGGUUUGUCGAAAAAUAUGAAUUCGACUAAAGAUUAAAGUAUAGUUGUUUGCUUAACGACUGUCAAAAGACUUGAAUGCAAAUAAAAGUUGAACAGCCUAAAAAUCGGAAUAAAUUGACAUAUAAUUCAUACAUUCAGUUCAAAAGUCAAUCAAUUCAAUUAUUAGUACUAAUUUUCGACAUCUGGGAUUCCGAUAAAUGGAUUCUGCGACCUCGAAAACGCUAAAAUAACGUGUUCUUAUUAGAGGAAUUGUUAAAAGAAUUUACUUGUUGGAAUGUGUACUAAACCAGAAAGAUUUAAUCAAAAUUUAGAUAUAAAAAACUAAAUUUUCCGAUGUGAAUAAUAUAAAUUUAAACGAACAAUAUAAAAGUACUUUAAACUUGAAUAAAAAUUUUUUGACAAACCUCGUAUACGUCUUAAAAAAUUUAUAUCUGAUUAUUUUUUUACAUUUUAGAACUUUCUAUCAAGAAUAACUUUUUUUGAGGACAGAAACUUCACUACUAGUUAAAUAAAAAUUCCGAGAAUGUAUUAUAAAUAAAUAAAUAAAAUCGAAUCCGGAAAUGGAACCAGAGAGGCGAUAAUAUAUUGGAAAGAUCUCAUCAUUUCCGCUACAGUUCAUAACCCAAGAAAGCUAGCACGUAAUAGAAAACUUUUCUUUUUUUAUUGAUUUGAAGAAAGCAUUCGACUGCUGGUUACCAGAAAUAAAUAUUAAAUAUGGAACGAGUCUUUUGAAACAUAUACAUGGCGGAUUAUGUUUUACGUUCUUAUCGGAUUGGUAACUCGUUUCUGACAGUAUUAUGGCGUCACACAAAAUAAACCGGUGAAGAAUCUAUCCAUAGAUUUUUACUAAUUCUUCUGCUUUAUUUGAUAAAAAUAAACUCAUUUAAUUCCAAA